GGAGCGGGCCGCGCAGCGCGGGCUCCGCCUGCCGCCGCCCGGGGGAGGUAGCUGAAGCUGUUGAGGUACCUGGAGUUUGAAAUGAGGUGGAAAUACAUCUGAAAAGGAGGGAGGAACUGAGUCCGGCAAGACUAAGGCUGGAGAAAGCACACCCCGUAAGGCAAGGCAGCGUCAGUCGUGCACGUGGAAGUUCUGCUCCUAACGCAGCUUUGGGAAGGUUGUCCUGCUCCUACAGACCGGCCAGGCUCCUCAUCUGGACAACAUAGCAGAUACAUAAACAACUGAGGUACUGACAUACAUACUUAAAAUGUCGAUGGAUAUAACUUUCCUUGGCACAGGCUCAGCGUAUCCCUCUCCAACAAGAGGAGCAUCGGCGUUAGUGCUUCGCAGGGAAGGAGAGUGCUGGCUCUUCGACUGCGGAGAGGGAACUCAAACACAGUUCAUGAAGAGCCGUCUCAAAGCAGGCAGAAUUACCAAGAUUUUCAUAACUCAUCUUCACGGUGACCACUUUUUUGGACUUCCUGGCCUGCUGUGUACGCUUAGCCUCCAAAGUAGCCCUGACGCAAACAAACCAUCUGUUGAUAUUUAUGGACCGUUAGGACUGCGAAACUUCAUACAGAGGAGUAUGGAGCUCUCCCACUCGCAACUUCUCUUUCCCUACACUGUUCAUGAACUGGUACCUACACGGGAGCAGUGCCCCGCAGAAGAAUUUAAAGAGUUUUCUUACUUGGACGGAGAUGAGGUAUCUCCCCAGGGAGCACGAGGGAGAAUACUUCACCUGGAUCCAGUAGAAAACUCUUACUUGUUGGUUGAGGAUGAGCAGCUGGUUCUGAAAGCAUUUCGCCUAUUUCAUCGCAUUCCUUCCUUUGGCUUUGUGGUAGAAGAGAAGCCCCGGACUGGUAAACUCAAUGUACAGAAGCUGAAAGACCUUGGAGUUCAACCAGGUCCUAUAUAUGGGAAACUGAAGAAUGGAACAGCAGUUGUUCUAGAAAAUGGAGUAACGAUUUCUCCUUCCGACGUCUUAGAAGACCCUGUUCCUGGAAGAAAAAUUUGCAUUUUGGGGGAUUGUUCGGGGGUGGUUGGAGAUGCGGCCAUGAAGCUUUGCUGUGAAGCAGAUGUACUGAUCCAUGAAGCCACGUUGGACGAUAGCCAAGAGGAAAAGGCCAGAGAGCAUGGUCAUAGCACUCCAAAAAUGGCAUCGGAUUUUGCAAAAUUGUGUAAAGUUAAGAAACUGGUUUUGACUCACUUCAGUCAGCGGUAUAAACCAGCUGCUCAGAGAGGUGAGGGCGAUACGGACAUCACCGAACUGAAGAGACAGGCAGAGUCAGUGUUAGAUGGUCAAGAAGUAACACUAGCCGAGGAUUUUAUGACAAUAGAAAUUCCAAUCAAAAAGUAAGAACAGUAGUGUUAGCAAGCUCUGUAUGAAGACAUAAAGUAGGGUGGUGUUGGAUAGGACUUAAAAAUAACGGUAGGGUUUCGGUAUCCAAAUUAAUUCUCUUCUGUGGCACACGGAGAACCAUUGCAAACUGGAGAGAGUACCAGGUACAGUUGGCGUUGCUUUUGUAAAGCAAGAAAAAAGGAUACUCAAACAUCUGGAACUUGGAAUAAAGUCGGAAGUGAUGGUUUCGGACACGUAGCCUCCCCAGAAACCGAACGUGUAGGCUGGCGCAAGCCAUCACAGCCCAGGGGUUUUCCUUGGACCGCAGGUUCCUAGACCAGAGCACUGAAUCAUUUGGCUUAAUGCAGCCCUCAGGAAGGUUUGUGUUCUGCACCAGAAUUUAAGAUAUCUUGCCUGUUACAAGCUUUUGAAUAACAUCUAUUUCAAACUUGUAUACAGUAUUUUGUAACUGUUAUCCGAUUUCUAUGUAAGAGGACUAUUACACUGAAACUAAUAAAGUGUUUGU